AUGGGAGUUGUGUAUGGGAGAGAAAAUGUGACGGUGUUUCUUCGCGACAAUGUGCGGUUUGCUCACGAUGGCCAAAACUACAACCGCUGGAGGCAGGUGCAGCACUCACUCGAUCCCGCUCUUAGGCAAUACGACCGGGGCGACGGCUUUAGCAGUGUGAUCUCGCCUCAUACGUCCGUGCAGCAUGGAGAUCCGACGGUGCGGCGAUACUUCAAUCCGGACGGUUACGAUCCCCAGGGGUACGCGACGCUCGACAGGGAUGGGACGCUUGUGUCUCACGCAAAAUUUAAUUUGCCGCUUUUCACGUCAAGAUAA